GCCUCGAUAGCCUGCCUAUCGAACUAUCGAUCUUAAACAUCUGGCUCCAAAUACUCUGCAAUUCCACAGCAUCUACAUUGAAUUUAGGCUUUAAAAUGGAAUUUAAUCAUCAUGUGGAUACCGCACUGACCACUUUUGUGGACAACACAAAGUUCUUCAGGGAAAUGGUAGAUGUCGCGUCCGAUUUCAGUGAUGGCGGGGAGAUCCAGAAGCUGCUGGAGGAGAGCGCGCGUCUGCGCGUGGAGCACGCCGAGAAUCUCAUCCGUCUGAAGAGCAAGCACCAAUCACUUAACCAGGCUAUGCAGCAGGUGCAAAACUCGAGCUCCACCAUCGAGCAGUUCGAGGACGACUGGAAGGAGCGCUCCGAAGCGGUGGAGCAGAAGCGCAUCAAUGUCAAGAACAUAGCCGAGUUUAAGAACUUCAAGAAAACUGUGGAAUCUGCAGCUGCCCAGCUAGGUGCGGAGGUCAAUGGCCAAGCGAAUGGCGCCGCCCAGGAUGAGGACCUUAUCAUCGAAGGAAUCGAAGAGACCGGCGGCGAGAUUUUCUCGCUCUACGAUCCCUGGUCCAAGGCCCUGAUGAAGAACCCCGUGCGAAACAAAGUGUGCGGCCACAUCUACGACCGCGAUUCGGUGAUGCUGAUCAUCAAGGACAACAUUGGCAUCCUAUGUCCGGUGCUCGGCUGUGCCAACAAGAAAUACAUCCAGCCAGCGCACCUGGUCGAGGAUGCCAAUGUCCGGCAAAAGGUACAACAACGAAUGGCCGAAGAAAUUGAGGAUGGCACUGCCUCGGAGGAUGACGAUGAGGAUUGAUCCGAAUUCUGAUGAGCUAGGCUCUUACAUUUUCAUCUGUAUUAGUAAUACAUAUUUAUUGUUGUCGACUAAUAUGAAUAUAAUAGGUUCCUUUAAACUUAG